AUGUUUGGCAAAAAACCUCUUACCAAGUCUGCCAACGAGUCUAGCACCAGCGGUCCAAGAAGUAAAGAUGCUCCCGAAGUAGCCUUAGCGGCUAUCGUUUCUUACAAAAAGCAAAAAGAAGUUAGCGAUUUCAUGAGCUUUUUUCUCGGUGCUCUAGAACGGAAUUCCGAUUGGCUUAACGGAGUCGUUGGCAAGCAAACUAACUUCAGAUGCGCAGUAAUGACAGGAGCUGGACCAAACCGGUUUCAACUUCAGGAAAUAAUGUACCCUACUGACGAAAAAGAUAUAAAACUCGAAGUGGAACACAGAGACUCUGAGGACUACGAUAAAAUAGCAAUCGCAGCUUUAUUAACACUCAACAAUUCAGAAAAGGACCACAUUUUAAAAUAUAUUAAAACUCGUCUUUGUGACAAUUCAGUGCUAACGGAAGAUUUGUUGAAAGCAAAAGAAUUGGGUGUCCAUUUUGCAAUUUUAAUACCGUUUGCUGACAAACAGUAUCGAGUGAUGGAACGUUUGAUAAUAGGAGCCAGCAUAAAAUGUGACGCACCUUUGAAAAAACGUAGACGAGACGAAAAAUCGAUUAUUAGGUCUCCUUUGAAGAAGGCAAAGCGUGUCGCU